AUGUCUGACAACGGGAGUCCAGACAGCAAGUCGUCGCCACCGCCUGUUCAACCCCCAAAGCCCUCCUUCUCUAUCAGUAGCAUCCUGGGUCCCAAGCACGACAGUGCGGAUACCGAGCGACCGGACUCAGGCAGCGAUGGAGAGACAGAGGAUGGCCCGCCGGAAGUGACGCGCAGCCGGGAUGCCGUGGUCUUCAGCCUCGCCGACAUCUACUCUAAGUUUCACGUGUACCCGGACACCCGCCUAGCGGCUCGUGCCUUCAGCCAGUGGUACCCGUGGUACCCGAGCCUCUUGCACUCCGCGCUUGACUACCCAGUGCUUGUGCGAUUUAUCAAAUAUGCACAGUUGCCAGCACAGCCCGGCUCCGGCCUUCAUCACCAAAAGCUCCGCUCACCCCUCCUUCCCCGAUCAGCCCCCUCAGCGACAGCGGUCGGGCCGGAGCGGGACAAGGAGCGAGAAGAUGCUGGUCCAAGCUCCCCGAAACGAUGCUGUCGAGACCACCUGGACUCCGGCGACGAGGAAGGAGAGGACGGUCGUCGAGACGAUGGCAGCGUGGGAGGCGCCCGCGAGGACGGCAAUUCCUCCAGGGGCCAGUCCAGUGCGGCUGGCGAUGACGACGAUGACAAACACAAACAGCGGAAGAAGAAGACCCGCACGGUGUUCUCGCGCAGUCAGGUGUUCCAGCUGGAGUCCACGUUUGACAUGAAGCGCUACCUGUCCAGCUCCGAGCGAGCGGGCCUGGCCGCAUCCCUGCACCUGACCGAGACGCAGGUGAAGAUCUGGUUCCAGAACCGACGCAACAAGUGGAAGCGGCAGCUGGCGGCCGAGAUGGAGGCGGCCAACAUGUCGCAGAGAUCCCCUCACCGCAUGGUGCGGGUUCCGGUCUUGUACCACGACAGCGGCGUUGCCUUUCCUUCCAGUUCCUCACGUACGGACAGGCUGCCCAGCAGUUCACCACCAUUGUCCUCCUCCCUCAACCCGUUGUGCUACCCGCAUCCGUAUCCGCAUAUGUCCACCCUUCGCUCUCUCCACGGGGCCGUAUGAGUUCCCAUGGCGAUGCCUUGAUAGACAUUCCGGGAAGAGGUUAGGUGCUCAAGAACGGAAGCGGCCACACGCGAGAAAUAGAGAGCGAGGCUUUAAAAAGGUUGAGGUUGAGUAGUGUUGUGACAAUCAUUGUAAGAACAUCUUAGUUGAGAAAAAUGAGCAGACUGGAGGUGGGUCGAACCCCACGGCAGGCUGAUAGACACACGAACGAUACAAUCGACCGAGGAGAGGCUCUUUGAUGACAAUGGCAGGGUGCUCAGACCUCGUGUGGACUGUUCCAGAAAGACUUCUCCGGAGCGCUGUGACAAUCAGCUUGUUACUCGCCAAGCAGUAUUAUCUGCUUAUACCAAAAAAAAAAAAAAAAAAGAAUUGUCUUAAUGUUGUGUUCAAUAAUUACGGUUGUUGGUGAGACUUUUCACAUCGCUGGACAGAUGCCCUAAUUCUGCAUUUCAAAUGGAUGCAGGACCCUUUGAAAGGUCACAAAAACAGCUAAAUAUACACGAGUAGUAUGGCAUUUGGAAACGUGUUUAAAUUGUAGUUUCUAAGAACUUAUUGUAUUUAUUGAAAUUGUAAAUAAAAUUAACAAAUCUAGGAAAAAUGUACGUUAGUGGGUGGGAAUAAAAUAAAAUAACCCCUAAGUGACUCAAUCACGAAAUCAGUGCAGUUAUAGGUGUAGAAGAAGAAGAAGAAGAAGAAGAUGAUGAUGAUGAUGAUGAUGAUGAUGAUGAUGAUGAUGAUGAUGAUAAAGAUGAUAAAGAUGAUGAUGCUAGUAAUAUUAAUAAAUCUUGCCAGUUAGUAUAGCUAAACCACCGAAUGUGUUCAUUUUUGCCUGGAACAGUAAAUGAUCAAACCCAUGAUCAUUGCAAUAGAGAGCUGAAAAAAUAGAAACAAACCAGAGCUGCAAAACCUUUCUUCCGACUAGCAAGAAAUGUUUAAGUGAUGUUAGCUGGUCUUUCAAAGAUUAAGAAAAAUAAUACCUCAUUUCAUUAUCAAUGGAAUCUAAACAUACACACACCGUAUGGUGUCGUUUGCUGAGUUGUUCUUUUGUUGCCUUUCCUAAUGGAACACCGAGGAUUAUGUUGCUUUAUUCUCGUCACAUUGCUAAAAGAUAUGAACUGUUGUAUUUUUCACUUUUAACUUGCAGUUCAAGAAAAGAGGGUAUUGGUUCUUAAACAUGUACGAAGUGUGUGUGUGUGUGAUUCCCGCUAUUGCUUAUGUGUUUCACAAACUGGAAAUAAAAAAUCAAAAUGUGUCGAGAAGACGUGAAUGGCGCAGUCAGCUGAGCUGUCGAACUCUGGCCGUAGUUCAACUGACAUAGUGUGGACCUACUUUUGUAUACCUACGCACGACCUCUGCACCUCGUAUGUGAAAACAUUAUAAGGCUGUGUUUUUAUUCGUCACUGUUUACAGAGCUUUGAACAAGAAUACUGAACAUUACUGAAUAAGUCUGAAAUGUAAAGGACUAUUGAAGAAUGCCAAUGACAACCCACGACAGGCGGUCAUCAGAGCUUCGAAUUACAGAAUUACAUCGGUUGCUGAGAACAUGGAGGAAGGAGUGAUUGAAAGAAAGAACUCUCUACUUUUGCAUUAACAUAAAAGUAGAGAAGGACUGGCGAAAGUAGGGAAGGUGUGAUCAGGUUCAGCAUGCGACAAAAGGACAUACCAGCGUGACAGAUGAAAUGCUUUGAGUUCGUUUUAAAACUCCGAAAACCACAACACCUCAUCAGUAGAUAUGUAAAUCAAAUUCACAUCAAGUGCAUGUGCUUUUUUUAUUUCUUUAAAGAGCAUCACUUGCUUCAUUGUAAUGGUUGCUUAAAUGUUUCAGUGGGUUUUUUUCUUGGCAGAAUCAUAUGCACUUUUUUGUGUGUCCCAAGUUUCUGGAAGAACUGAAGAUAUAGUUUUUGUUCUGCUUAGCGUUAAGGUAUUGGUCGAGUCUUUUUGAUCCACCUGCGUGUUCAUAGCCUGAUUUUGUUUUCAUUUUAUGAAAUUGGCAAUUGAGAUGUAUACAUUCCACACGUAUUCAGUGGUCUAGGCUUUAAAAGAACGUGUUAACAAUAUUUGUGAUUGACAUCACUACACGGGGCCUUUUUCCAAGUACACAUUAAAUAAAAGGAGUUAUAAAUACGAGAUUCAAAGGUCCGAUACACUGUUGCAUUUCUUCAUUUUUUUAAAUUUUGCAUUCAUAUUCAUCAAAUGCAAAAGAUACAAGUCGCCUCAUAAAACAUGCUUAUGUACAGCAAGCUAUUAUUGCAUGGCUAAGUUUCUCUUCAAAGACGCUGGUUAGAACCGUGUUCAACAAAAACCACUGCGAAUAACCACUGUUUAUUGUCAAAUAAAAAAGCAAUAGCCUAUUUAAAACUAUGGACUAGACACCAAAGACAUCGGUUUCCGAUGAGCUGAGAAAGGAAUAUUCUCGAACCAGUCAAGAUGGCAGACAAGGCGAGUUAAAGCAAAUUGUCACAACUUUUGUGAAUACAUUCCACGUUAUAGCCACCACAAAUGUGUUGUUUGAUACCAGAACGGAAAUAAACAGAUUAAUUUGUACUUAUUUUCACUUUUAUUCGUUUGUAAUAUUCCAGAUUUGAUGAUGAAAUGAAAAAAAUUAUUUUGAAAGCAACUAGCUGAGUACUUUCAUGCGGAAGUAUUGUGGUACCACAUUUUACUUAUGUUUUACAUUGUCUACAGCAGUUUGGCACUUGUGUUCCCUCACUUGACAGCUGAAGCACACAUAUUAAGUACAUUUUGGCCAGUAACUGUUGACCAAGAUCAAUAAAAAAACGCUGCAGAUAUA